UCCUUCGAGGUCAGGGAACAGAGCAGCGGAUCCGGCAUGGAGAGGGGCCUCUUCCUAGUGCUUCCCCUCUUCCUGGGGCUCCUCCAGCAAGGCCGCGGUGGGCCUCUGGAGGUGGAGCCCCGAGAGCGCGUGGUGGUGGUAGCAGUGGGCGGGUCGAUGCAGCUCACCUGCCGCCUGGACUGCUCGGGCCCCAGGGCCGCCUCGGUGCAGUGGCGGGGCUUGGACACCAGCCUAGGCGCCGUGCAGUCGGGCGCUGGCAGCAGCGUCCUUUCCGUGCGCAACGCCUCGCUGUCCACGGCGGGGACCCGCGUGUGCGUGGGCUCCUGCGGGAACCUCACUUUCCAGCAGAACGUGAAGCUCCUGGUGUUCGCCUUCCCAGACCAGCUGACUGUCUCCCCAGUGGCCCUGGUGGCAGGGUUGGACCAGGAGGUGGCCUGCACAGCCCACAACGUCACACCUGCCGACCCUGAUGCCCUCUCUUUGUCCCUGCUCCUGGGGGACCGGGAACUGGAGGGGGUGCAGACCCUGGGCCGGGAUGAGGAGGAGGAGCCCCAGGAGGGCGAGGACAUGCUGUUUAGAGUGACAGAGCGCUGGCUGCUGCCCCCACUGGGGACACCUGCCCCAUCUGCCCUCCACUGCCAGGCGACCAUGAGGCUGCCAGGCUUGCAGCUGAGCCAUCGCCAGCCCAUUCCAGUUCUGCACAAACUGACCUCCCGGGAGCCCCCUGUCAUGACCUCCCUGGAGGCUACCCUGGAUCAAGGCUCCAUCCACAGCCCACCGAGUCCUGGCAAGCCUGGGAACAGCUCCACCGGACCCUGCCUCCCUGAGAUCCACCAGUCGCCAGUGCCAGGGGGGCUGGAGCUGCUGUGUGAAGCGGCUUGUGGCCCUGGUGUAGCUGUGCGCUGGACGCAGGCUCCCGGUGAUCUGGCGGCCUAUGAGAGGCGGGAGGCCGGGGCCCAGGCGUGGCUGAGUGUGCUGUGGGCUGCAUGCAACCCUGAGGGCUGGUUCCAGUGUCGCCUGGACCCAGGGGGCCAGAUGGCCAGUCUGUACGUGGUCCCAGAAAUCUGCGUCCCCCUAACAUCCGAAGCCCUGUGGACAGGCAGCGUGGUGCUGGGGCUGCUCUUCCUGGUGUUUCUCAUCUACCGCCUGUGGAAAUGCUGCUGGGCCCGCCAGCUCCUUGGGUCCUCUGCCCCGCCUGAACCAAAUUGAGGGGGAUGGGCAGUAGCCCCUCUUGAAGUGGCCUGCCUUUCCUUCCAAUCAGUUGUGCCUGGAGGACAUUUGCAGGGUUCUGGACAGCAUGAAGCCUGACCGCAGGCCCUUCAUCAUCCUGAUGGUCAGCAUAUUCAGCCUCCCGAGCUGGCUGGGGGGAGCCACCCCCAACUGGAGAAUAAAGAGCCAUCUGCUCUGAUCUCAGUGCUUGCUGUAGUGGUACCGGGACCCUGAAACCCUCUGCCCUGGGAGACUCCCAGAGCGCUAGAAUGGACAUUUACCCCAGCCCCACUGGGCCAGGGCGGGGCGGAGCGGGGGGGUGGUGUGCACUC